AGGGUGCAAGCAUUAAUCAAAUGAUGAGAUCGAUGGCUUGCAUAAAAGUCCGGCUGUUUUGAAGCGACAGCUUCUGCAAGCUCUGACGAAGGAGGCGGGUGAAGAAGACAACAGAUUCGAACUCGGACUUCAGCAACGCUAAGAGAUGAUAUGUUGUCUUCUUCUGACUGCUGAAAAUUCUACAUAUGGAACUACUGCUCUAUGGUUGACUCGAGGGAAGGCCACCAUUUCGUUAGAUUGCAAAAUCCGAGGAGCUCAAAUCACUGAGAGGUAUAAUUCAACUCAAUUAGUUCGAUUGCGACCAGAGCCGUCCACACUUUGGACAUAGGGAGACCGGCGCACUGGUCACGGAACUGGCGAAGUCAACCCAUGCAUCUGAAUCAGCCCAUCUGUGAGGCAUUUGAUCAAACGGCUUCUCUGCCUCACCAACUGAAACGAUACCUUCCCGAUCUCGGGCGUCUUUAUCGGCCGUCCCGACUGACAGCGGCUGGUCAAGAUCGAGCGUUCACGACCGGCUCUCGAGUCGGCCGGUUCAGUCCUCGGCCCGACCGCUCCGGUUUUGGGAACACUUGCAGCGGGGGAAUUUGCGGGGAAAGCAGUUGCAGAAGAUUGGAAGCAAGAUUUGGAGCAGUUCAUCCUCUCUCUCUCUCUCUCUCUCUCUCUCUCUCUCUCUCUCUUUCUUUGGUUCAGAUUCAUAUCGAUCCAAAGUUCAAUCUUCGUCGUCGAUCACAAUAAGAACGAGUGGAUGCCAGUCAGACUGCACCAACAAAUCAACGUGCUCCUCCUCCUUGCUUUCUUCUUCUUCUUCCUGCCUGCCUUCCCGUUCUACGGUUUGCUUCUGCCGUCACGCCAUGUCUCAUGCCCUCGUUUUUGGCGUCUUCAUAGGCGCCAUUGCUCUCCUCGCUGUAGAGCUCCUCUUCUCUCUUCUCUUAUACUACUGGAUCUCGGGCCGCCGAGGACGAGCUCCUGCGUCGCCAAGGCGCUACAACUGCUGUCAUGAUUCCGACGACGAGCGCUCGCUCCCUGCCGAAUGCAACAAGCAGGGAAUAGUUUGGGUGUUGGAAGCGGCAAAAGCUGCAGAGGUUGGCGGUGAUGGUGGAUCGCAAGCAAAUGGGACCAAGGAGGAGGCGGAUGUCGUUGAGAUCGUGGAGGUCUAUCCCGUCCUCAAGCACGCAAAGAUUAAGAACCACAAGCUGAUCCUGACUGAUCCCGACGAUUCUCGCACGGCCACCAUCGAGCUCUUGGAUUGUGCUGUCUUCGCGGUCUCUGCUUCAGACCGAGAGACGCGCAAGUGGGCUAACAGAUAUCCAAUCAAACUGGAGAGCAUGAACGCAGACAUCUACCAGGGAAGCAGAACAUGUUACGUAUAUCUUGAUACUUCCUGGGAGAAGGAAUCAUGGUGUAAAGCACUUCGUUUUGCCUCCUGCCCUGACAAGCAGAAACUCAAGACUUACGCAAAAUUACGUGAAGAUUUCCAGCGAUAUGUUGCAUCCGUGCCAGAACACCUUUCACCCCAGAAGCCAUUGAAGCCACAUUGUGAUCCUUCGAUCAAGACGACCAAGUUUCAGAAAACCACACGAAUCCGACACUUACUGAACAGGUUUUCGAAAGGGGUGUCGAAGAACAAUGGUAUCAUUACACCCUCUCUCGGAAAGAAGAAGGUAGAUGACAGGGUGAUCGCCAGGAAUGGGGUCAUUCUGAUGAACGAGUUUCUAAACGCUUCAUCCCCAGAGAAAUCUUCUAGUUGUUCAUCAGACCUGGUUCGAUCUGGUUCACUGCCUCCUCUUUAUUCUGGUCUUCAUAAUGCAGCCUCUGAUGAUAAGAUUAACCGUAAUGAUACUGCCUUGUUCUGGAACUUAGUCCUUUCAAGAUUGUUUUUUGAUGUCAAAAGAAGUGCAGUGGUUAACAACUGCAUAAAGACUCAGUUUCAGAGGACAUUAUCAAACAUGAGGUUCCCAAGCUUUUUGGGUAGAGUGGAAUGUUCUGGCCUAGACAUCGGAGAUCUUCCACCUUACAUCCAUAAUGUAAAAGUUGUGAGCAAGGACAUGAACGAGGUCUUGACAGCUGAGAUUGAUACUGAAUACUCUGGUGGUAUAACAUUUGCAUUUGAAGUUGGUCAGUUAGGAUGCAGAGGAAGCAGCAUGGACUCAAAUCUGGAGCUGGAGUCUGGCUCAGAGAUGGCUUUACUUCAUUCUGAAGGACUUCAAAAUAAUGUAGAGCAAGUGUCUGUCCUGGAUAGUUCAGGUGAUGGAGAAGAAAGGGAAGAAAAGGAAAAGAAAAUUGAUGAACCUGAGCAGCCGCAGAGCAGUAACUGGAGAAGUGUAUGGUUGUCAACAUGGAAUUCCGUAAAAAAUUCCGUUGCUGAUCAGGUUUCUCAGGUUCCCCUGUCACUGUCAGUGAGGAUUUCAUCACUCAGUGGAACAAUUCGCUUGCACAUAAAACCCUCACCUUCCGAUCAGCUGUGGUUUGGGUUCACAUCCAUGCCUGAGAUGGACUGGAGCUUCGAAUCCACUGUUGGGGAGCAGAGGAUCAACAUUGGAGCAUUUACUUCCAUGUUCAAGAACCUCUUUGAGAAUGCGAUUCGUGGAAGUCUGGUGUUCCCAAACUGCGAAUGCUUGUGCGUUCCAUGGAUGCUGGACGAGAAGGACAACUGGAUUCCGGUGACAGAAGGACCAUUUAAAUGGAUUAACCAAGAGACGCUUGCGGACGUGGUGGAGCUCAACCAAGAGACGCCUGUGUGUGCAGCAAAGCUUGAAGAAGAAGAAGAAGAAGAAGAAGAAGAAGUAUUCAUGGACACGAUAGAGCUCAAAGCAUCAGAGCCGGAUCAGCUGCAUGAGGCCACUGCCUCUUCACAAGCAAGUCCGUCCAUCUCAUCAGGUCUAUUGUGCCUCACCCCCACCAUAGGGAAGGAGGCGGAGAUGCCAAAAUCCGAAGAGUCACAGGAGAGCUGCGGUUCCACUCCGGUGAUCACCCCGGGGGAGAUUGUGCUGUGGGAGAAAACCGCAGCAGCAGCAGCAUCAGCAUCAGCAUCAGCAUCAACGACCUCCGAGGCCGAAGAGGAUGCGAGCACAAGGAAGAAGCUAAACGUCAAAGGGCUGAAGAAGAUGGUGGGGGAGACGUUCGAAGGGCAGAAGCGCAGCAUCGGGAACAUGGUGGGUGUGUCUUUGAAGAAGUACGAGAAGGUCAAGAUGCACAACAUCUUUGGCCGCCAUGCAUCGACUGUAAGAAGCUUGCAGUGAUGGCCGCCAUUUCCUUUCCUUCCCUUUUCCUUUGGACCCUUAAAGCACUCGGAUAUUGCAUGGUUUCCUUAAUAAUCGUUUUAAACCA